CGCGCCGCGCGCCCAGCCCAGCCCAGCCCGGCCCGGCCCGGCCCAGCCCGGCCCGGCCCGGCCCGGCCCCUCACUAACGGUCGCUGCCGGCGAGGAGGCGGCGGCGGCGGCGGCGAUUCUCCCACCUCCCCCGCCCCGCCACGCACCGAGCUGAGGGAGUAUGACUUCUGCAACUUCACCUAUCAUUUUGAAAUGGGACCCCAAAAGUCUGGAAAUCAGGACUCUCACAGUAGAGAGGCUACUGGAACCACUUGUUACGCAGGUAACGACGCUGGUUAACACAAGCAAUAAGGGACCAUCUGGCAAGAAGAAAGGGCGCUCUAAGAAGGCUCACGUGUUGGCUGCUUCUGUAGAACAGGCCACGCAAAACUUUUUGGAAAAGGGAGAUCAAAUUGCUAAAGAGAGCCAGGAUCUGAAGGAGGAAUUGGUUGCUGCAGUAGAGGAUGUACGCAAACAAGGCGAAACGAUGCGCGUCGCCUCCUCGGAGUUUGCUGACGACCCGUGCUCCUCGGUGAAGCGGGGCACCAUGGUGCGGGCGGCGCGGGCCUUGCUCUCCGCCGUCACGCGCUUGCUCAUCCUGGCGGAUAUGGCUGACGUCAUGAGGCUGCUGUCACACCUGAAAAUUGUAGAGGAAGCACUAGAAGCAGUGAAAAAUGCAACAAAUGAGCAAGAUUUAGCAAAUCGCUUCAAAGAGUUUGGAAAAGAGAUGGUCAAACUGAACUAUGUGGCUGCUAGACGACAGCAGGAACUGAAAGAUCCGCACUGCCGGGAUGAAAUGGCUGCAGCUCGAGGAGCUCUGAAGAAGAACGCCACUAUGUUGUAUACUGCCUCCCAAGCGUUCCUCCGUCACCCUGACGUAGCAGCCACUAGAGCCAACAGAGACUAUGUCUUCAAACAAGUGCAAGAAGCAAUUGCUGGUAUCUCCAACGCUGCCCAGGCCACCUCACCCACUGAUGAGAGCAAGGGGCACACUGGCAUAGGAGAACUUGCUGCUGCACUGAAUGAAUUUGAUAACAAGAUCAUUUUAGACCCAAUGACGUUCAGUGAGGCCCGAUUCAGACCCUCCCUCGAGGAGAGGCUGGAGAGCAUCAUCAGCGGCGCGGCGCUGAUGGCCGACUCCUCGUGCACGCGGGACGACCGCCGGGAAAGGAUCGUGGCCGAGUGCAACGCCGUGCGGCAGGCCCUGCAGGACCUGCUCAGCGAAUACAUGAAUAAUACCGGGCGCAAGGAGAAGGGGGACCCCCUGAACAUCGCUAUUGACAAGAUGACCAAGAAAACGCGGGACCUGCGAAGACAGCUGCGGAAGGCAGUGAUGGAUCACAUAUCGGAUUCCUUCCUGGAGACCAACGUCCCCUUGCUGGUUCUCAUCGAGGCUGCAAAAAGUGGCAACGAGAAAGAAGUGAAGGAGUACGCUCAGGUCUUCCGCGAGCACGCCAACAAGCUAGUUGAGGUUGCAAAUCUGGCCUGUUCAAUCUCUAAUAAUGAGGAAGGUGUGAAGUUAGUCCGUAUGGCAGCAACGCAGAUUGAUAGUCUGUGCCCACAGGUAAUAAAUGCUGCACUCACGUUGGCGGCCAGACCCCAGAGCAAAGUAGCACAGGACAACAUGGAUGUCUUCAAAGACCAGUGGGAGAAACAAGUGCGAGUUCUCACUGAAGCUGUUGAUGACAUCACUUCAGUGGACGAUUUCCUCUCCGUCUCAGAAAAUCAUAUUCUGGAAGAUGUGAAUAAGUGUGUGAUUGCUCUCCAAGAGGGGGAUGUUGAUACGCUGGACCGAACUGCUGGUGCCAUCCGGGGCCGAGCAGCCAGAGUUAUUCACAUCAUUAAUGCCGAGAUGGAAAACUAUGAAACAGGAGUUUACACGGAGAAGGUCCUGGAAGCUACCAAAUUGCUCUCUGAAACUGUCAUGCCGCGUUUUGCGGAGCAAGUGGAGGUUGCCAUUGAAGCCCUGAGCGCCAACGUCCCGCAGCCGUUUGAAGAGAACGAGUUCAUAGAUGCCUCCCGCCUGGUUUACGAUGGAGUUCGCGACAUCAGGAAAGCUGUUCUGAUGAUACGGACCCCUGAAGAGCUGGAGGAUGAUUCAGACUUUGAGCAGGAAGAUUAUGAUGUUCGCAGCCGAACAAGUGUUCAGACUGAAGAUGACCAGCUUAUUGCUGGCCAGAGUGCAAGGGCUAUCAUGGCCCAGCUCCCCCAGGAGGAGAAGGCAAAAAUUGCUGAGCAGGUAGAGAUAUUCCACCAAGAAAAGAGCAAACUGGAUGCUGAGGUGGCCAAGUGGGAUGACAGCGGUAACGACAUCAUUGUGCUGGCGAAGCAGAUGUGCAUGAUUAUGAUGGAAAUGACAGACUUUACUAGAGGUAAAGGCCCGCUGAAGAAUACAUCGGAUGUCAUUAAUGCAGCCAAGAAGAUUGCGGAGGCAGGAUCAAGGAUGGACAAACUGGCACGGGCAGUAGCUGAUCAGUGCCCCGACUCAGCCUGCAAGCAGGACCUGCUAGCCUAUCUGCAGCGCAUUGCCCUCUACUGCCACCAACUCAAUAUCUGCAGCAAAGUGAAGGCAGAAGUUCAGAACCUGGGAGGAGAACUUAUUGUAUCAGGGACUGGAGUUCAGAGCACUUUCACUACCUUUUGUGAGGUAGAGUGUGAUGUCAUAGAUGGGGGCAGGGCUAGUCCACUUUCCACCCCCGUACCCACCGGUGCUGAGGGAGCUACGCUGGGGAUCGGAAGCGGGGACUCCUCCACGCUGGACAGCGCCACUUCGCUCAUCCAGGCAGCUAAAAAUCUGAUGAACGCUGUGGUCCUGACAGUGAAAGCAUCCUACGUGGCUUCCACUAAGUAUCAGAAGGUCUAUGGCACUGCUGCAGUGAACUCACCAGUAGUGUCUUGGAAGAUGAAGGCCCCAGAGAAGAAACCUCUAGUAAAGAGAGAAAAACCAGAAGAAUAUCAGACAAGAGUGAGAAGAGGGUCCCAGAAGAAACAUAUUUCCCCUGUACAGGCCUUAAGUGAAUUUAAAGCUAUGGAUUCAUUCUAAAACAUUACGCUUUAGCAGGAGGGUUUUAUAUUCUUUUUGUAUGCGUACCUGCCGACUUGUAUGCGUCUGGCAUGGGGUGGGGUGGGGGGACUAACGAAGCAGUGUCAAUUUGCAUGCAACCUGAGACUCUGUUAAUGUAACUAACUUUCUGCGACACCAAAUUUUAGGGCAUUCUCUUCUGAUGUUAAACGGAGCUAUUUCAAACUUACUUUUUAAACUAAGCUAUAGCAUUAAAUUGGCCAAAGAAUUUGCAUCACAGGGGUGUAUGGGGGUUAAAUAAUAAAUUCAAGUCUAAACCCAGAAAUUUGUAUGCAUGCAAGAAACAUUAGGUUGGCAGGUAUAUUAAGUGAAAAAAUGGAAUUGUAAUGGUAGACCAUAAAGCUUGUAUUGCUUCUGUUCCAGUGCAAAAAUGUACUAGCCAAUAUGCUUAAAUGUGUGGCCCAAUAAUUGAAUGAUAUAACUUUUAAGUCAUCUUCAUUAUAGUAUGUGAAUUUUUAAAAUGGUUAAAAACUAACUCAUCUUAAAAAUGCUUCUUUUAAAACAUAUUUUGUUCUUUAUAUUCUAGUAGUGUUAUGAUUGCUCACAUUUCAAUUAAUCCCAUUAAUAUGGACAGAGGUUUACUUUUGCCAAUUGAAUUCCUUAUGGUGGAGUAUGAAGCACAAUAUGGUGAUUGACAUUGCCUUUUAUAUUAUGAUUAUUAUGAUUAUGAUUAUUAUAUUAGUAAUAGAAGACCUGGUGGUGGAAUGUGUAGAGACACGGAAAAUGUGAGAAUUUAGAGGCAAAUACGUAGGUGUAGUUUGGAUUACAGGUAUCUAACAUACCAUUGUAACCACUGACUCAAUAAACUCAUUUAACCUUGGAA